AUGUCUAUGCAUAUUGGUGAAGCAAGGCAAAGGUCCUUUCAGCACCCCCUCCGCCUCCUCUGUCUCCUUGUUUCACUUACAGCUAUCUCCGCCACGUUUAAUAGCUCUAAUGACCAUUCAGGUGGUCUCCCGGCGUUAUUUUAUCAGAAAAGAUCACAUUCUGGAUCUAUUUUAACAUCCGCCUCCUCCUCUUCCUCCUCCUCCACCUCCUCGUCUUCAUCCUCAAAGCUGAUGUCAAAGUCCGGAGAACCAGUUGGUUCCGGCGGCAUGGGAUUAUCUCUGUCCAAUCGGAAUCAUAUAUCCCUAGGUCACCUGACCAAAAAAGAGACGCCUAUAUCCUCUCAGACAUCAAAUUUAGACGUGGAAACGUCUUCGUCACGAUCAAUGAGAGUUAUGGGCCAACCUAUAAAUCCUAACAUCGUUAGUCAUCUGCAUCCUGAUGUAUCCCCUCGAAAAAUUCACAGACUCUGGCGUCUUUUAGGAGGAAAGGAGGAUAAAUACUGGACGUCCGAGGAACCACCCCGAGUACUACGCCAACGAGGAGUUUCUGGAAUGCACUCCGAUGCUGGAACCCAUCCUCCUGGUGCAAACUCUAUUGAAAGCAGUCUAAUUCGCAAGGCCAAUGCAUUGAACAUGACCUUUCGAGAUCAAACAGGAGCCCAAUUCCUGCUUCCUGAGACCCAAAUCCAAAUAUUCCGCAACUGGUUGAUUGAACAAGCCACUUGUGAGAUGGACUUCAUAUGGAAGGAUAUGGGAUCACUCUACUGGCCUCGCUGGAUCCGUAUGGGAGUCUGCCUCGCUCGACUUGGAUCUUCUUGCUCUUGGCCUCCGGGAAUGAAGUGUCAACCUUCAGGAUCUCGAGUUUUGCGUCUUCUGAAUUGGAAUUGUGAAGAUGCAGCCCAAGCUGAGUCAUCAGGUGUUUCCAUGUUGAGCAGGAAAACUCGAUCUCUCCAUCAGCCGACAAUAAACCUUCGAUAUCACCUACAGGAGCCUGCAUCCAGACUCCAAAUCCGACAGCCUUAUGCCCAACAAACAUCUCCGAUGUGGAGGUACUAUCGCAUGGGCAGGAGAAAGGGACGCCGUGACGCCUCAAUGCCCAUGGAUCCAGCACAGCAGGAAGAGCAGCGGGCCCGAAGAGCCAGGCGAUUGAUUGAGAAGCUUAGUGUCACUGCCAGCGGUUAUCGGUGUUCUUGGCAAGUUCAAAAGUACCUAAUCAGUGACAAGUGUACCUUCAAACACUCGGUUUCUGACACCACCCUGACAGCAACAAGAUUUACCAUAUUCCCCUGUUUUAUUGGUUUAAAUAAACAAAUGCACAUAUUUACAAACUCGCGCACGAACCACACAUUUGCAUCAGUUUAG